CUUACAUGGAAGAGGAACAAAUACACAGCUGCUUUGGGACUCACCUUUAUUGGAUUUAAUACAUGCUCUGCUAGCAACAACUUUCAGCUAUGGAAUCGACGGUUGAUGAUGAGGCGAUGGCAGCAUAAAUGAAGAUCAAGUAGGGAAGGCAGAACGAUGCCCAAGGGUGGGUGUUCUAAAACACCACAGUCAGAAGAUUUCUCUCUCAGCAACGACAUGGUGGAGAAACAAACGGGGAAAAAGGAUAAAGAUAAAGUUUCCCUAACCAAGACUCCAAAGUUGGACCGGAGUGAUGGUGGCAAGGAGGUGAAAGAGAGAGCUACAAAACGGAAGUUGCCUUUCACUGUGGGAACAAAUGGAGAUCAAAAAGACUCGGAUACAGAAAAGCAGGGUCCAGAACGGAAGAGGAUUAAAAAGGAGCCUGCCACUAGGAAGCCUGGCUUGCUGUUUGGAAUGGGGCUUUCGGGGAUCAGGGCUGGGUACCCACUCUCUGAGCGCCAGCAAGUCGCCCUGCUUAUGCAGAUGACAGCAGAAGAGUCUGCAAAUAGCCCAGUAGAUACAACACCAAAGCAUCCCUCUCAGUCUACAGUGUGUCAGAAGGGAACUCCUAACUCUGCCUCCAAAACCAAAGAUAAAGUAAAUAAGAGAAAUGAGCGUGGAGAGACUCGGCUGCAUAGAGCUGCCAUCCGAGGAGAUGCCCGGCGCAUCAAGGAACUCAUCAUUGAGGGUGCAGAUGUCAACGUUAAAGACUUUGCAGGCUGGACAGCAUUGCACGAGGCAUGUAACCGGGGUUACUAUGAUGUUGCAAAGCAAUUGCUUGCUGCCGGCGCAGAAGUCAACACAAAGGGGUUGGAUGACGACACCCCGCUGCAUGAUGCAGCUAAUAAUGGGCAUUUCAAGGUGGUAAAAUUGUUGUUACACUAUGGAGGGAACCCUCAUCAAAGCAACAGGAAGGGAGAGACGCCUUUAAAAGUUGCUAAUUCACCCACCAUGGUGAACCUGCUCCUGGGAAAGACCACCUAUUCCUCUAGUGAGGAGAGCUCAACAGAGAGCUCGGAAGAGGAGGAGGAGGAGGACGCCCCUUCGUUUGCACCUUCGAGCUCUGUGGAUGGCAAUAACACAGACUCUGAGUUUGAAAAAGGCUUGAAACAUAAGACCAAGACUCAAGAACCCCCCAAAACGAUCACACCAGUCAAGGACGAGUAUGAGUUUGAUGAAGAUGAUGAGCAGGACAGAGUCCCGCCUGUUGAUGACAAGCAUUUGCUGAAAAAGGAUUACAGGAAAGAGACUAAAGCGAACAGUUUUAUUUCCAUACCCAAAAUGGAAGUUAAAACGUACACUAAGAAUAACACCAUUACACCAAAGAAAGCUGCCCAUCGCAUCCUGUCGGACACGUCAGAUGAAGAGGACGCCAGCGUAGCGGUGGGGACGGGCGAGAAGCUGAGGUUAUCGACUCACUCGAUACUGCCCAGCAGCAAGACGCGAGAGCCCGCCAACACCAAGCAACCGAAGGAGAAGAAUAAAGUGAAAAAGAAGCGGAAAAAGGAGACCAAGAGUAAAGAGGUUCGGUUUGGCAAAAAAAAUGACAAAUUUUGUUCCUCUGAAUCAGAGAGUGAAAAUUUAGAGACUGAGGAGGAUGAUAGGGACUCCGUGCAAAGCUCUAGCUGUGUAAAGGACUCUAGGCUAGUGCUAAAGGAAUCCUCCUUGUUCAACUCUCUGUCUGCCUCUUCCACCUCCUCUCACGGGAGUUUAGCAUCACAGAAACAUAACCCUAACCUUACAGACCAGCACUCCAAGCACUGGAGGACAGACAAUUGGAAAACCAUAUCUUCUCCGGCAUGGUCUGAUGUCAGUUCCUUAUCGGACUCCACAAGGACGAGACUGACAAGUGAGUCCGACUAUACAUCUGAGGAUUCGAGCUUACAAUCAUUAAAGCCGGUGAGGAAGAAGCAGGAGCACAAAAAGAAAAAUAACUCACACAAUACAAUUUCUGAGAAGAAGAAUUCAUUCCAUGCCAAUGCAGACGGAGCUAUUCCAAAGCUGGACAAGGAGGGGAAGGUUGUCAAAAAACAUAAAACAAAACAUAAACAUAAAAACAAAGAGAAGGGACAAUGCCCCGCUGGCCAAGACGUUAAACUAAUCAAAACUUUUUCUUUUGAAUAUGAGGACUCUAAGCAAAAGCCUGACAAGGGUUUGAUAGAGACUGAAAGUCCAAGUGAAAAUAAAUUAAAAGUGUUAAAACAUGAGAGAGAACACUGCAAGAAGGAAGAAAAGCUCUUGAAAAAUAAAUCAGAGGAGAAGGAAUGGGUGUUUAAAGAUGAGACUGGAAAAACCCCCAAAGAGGAGAAAUCAUUAAAAAAAGUCAAAGAGGGGAGCAAAGACAUCAGCAAAUUUUUCAGAGAGGAGAAGUUGAGUAAAUCAGAAAAAGAGAAACCAGUAAAGGAGAAAUCUCCCAAAGAGGAGAAACCUAGAAUACAUAAGGAGGAGAAAAAGAAAAAGUCAAAGGACAAGCCAUCAAAAUCUGAAAAGAAGAAUGAUCUGAAGGAAGAGAAAAUUACUAAACUGGAGAAAGAAAAAACCUUCAAAGAGGAGAAAGAAAAAUGUAAAAAAGAAAAAGUUUACAGAGAGGAGCCUGGAUUUGAUGAGUUUAGUAACAAAAACCAAUUGCUGGAAAGCGAGGACACAAAAUUUAGCCUUUCUGAUGAUCAGCAAGAGAGAUGGUUUUCUGAUUUGUCAUCCGACUCAUCCUUCGACUUCAAAUGUGAGGAUAGCUGGGAUUCUCCAGUAACAGACUUCAGGGAAAUUAAAAAUGACUCCAUGGCAAAACUAAUCAUAGAAACAGUGAAGGAGGAAAUUAAGGAGAAGAAAAGGGAGACUAAAACAAAAGAAAAGAAGGAAUACAAUGAAAAACGUAAUGAAAAGGACACUUUCUUAAAAAAGAGAGAGAGAGAAAGCAUCGACAAAAACCCUGAGAAGAAAAAGGACCAGACUGAAAAGCAUAAAGUCACUCCUAGUUAUCUGCCUGAAAAAGACAAGAAAAGGAAAGAUUCUGCAGAAAGCAUUAAAGAGAGAAAGGAAAAAGAUCCAUGUGAAAUCAACAAAGAGAGAAAAGAUUCUUCUGAUAGCUGUAAAGACCGAAAGGACAUAAAAAUUAAGCAAGAGGAGCCCUAUCGAGAUGAGUUUAAAGAGUAUGGCUGUGAAACAUUCUUCAAGGAGAAAUCUGAUCUUGAAUGCAGUGGGAAAAAUGCAGAGAAUUGGGAAAGGCACCAUUCAGGGAAGGAAAAGGAGAAGAAAGAUGCUUCUGAUAAGGACAAGAAAGAGAAACUGAAACCAGAAAAAUAUAAGGAGAAAUCUAAGGAAGCAGACAGAGAGAAAAAUGAAAAAGUUGUUGCUGAGAAAAACCAGAAAGAUAAAGAACUGGAUAAAAGUUUUAAAGAGAAAAAAGAUUCUAAGGAAAAAUACAAAGACCUGCAUAACAAAGACAAAGAAAGGAAGACUUCUUUUGAUUAUAUCAAAGAAAAGAAAAACUUCUCUGGAGAGAGAGAGGACUUCUCUGAAAAAAAGGAUGAGAAAAAAGGAAAAGAGAAAAGUUGGUACAGCAUAGCAGAUAUCUUCACAGAUGAAAGCGAAGAUGAGAAGGAUGAUUACAGCUUAAGCGGAUUCAAAAUUGGUGAGGCCGCUGGGGGUGAAUUGCAUCGAAUGGACAGUCUACAAGAAAAAGAUGAUAGCAUGGCUGCUGAAAAGGAACUUUAUCUUGCUGACAAGCCCAGAAAGUACUCUUCUGACAGGCAACAUUCGGGAGAGAAACAGAAAGAUAAAGAAUCUAAAGAGAAGAAAAAAGAUAAAGGCUUGGCAGAAGGUGGCAAGGAGAAAAAAGAGAAAAGUUUCUUUGAAAAGCACAAAGAGAAGAAGGAUAAAGACUCUGUUGAGAAGUAUAAGGACAGGAAAGAAAGAACCUCGGUAGAUUCUACCCAGGAAAAGAAAAACAAGCAAAAGCUCCCUGAAAAAGCUGAAAAGAAGCAUGCUGCUGAGGAGAAGGUAAAAAACAAGCAUAAGGAAAAGAUGGAUAAAGAACAUUCCAAAGAAAAGAAGUCUUCAAAAGGGGGAGAGACCGAGAAGAGCCUGUUGGAAAAAUUGGAGGAGGAGGCCCUCAACGAAUAUAGAGAUGACUCCAAUGAUAAAAUAAGUGAGAUUUCUUCUGAUAGCUUCACAGACAGAGGACAAGAUCCAGGACUAACCAACCUCUUUGAGUCUUCUAACCUUUCUCUUACAGAUGCCUCUGACGAAAAGUAUAAAGAUUCUCUUCCUUUGCCUUGCUUGCAAGACAAACUCAAGGAGAAGGAGAGGCACAGGCAUUCCUCAUCUUCAUCAAAGAAAAGUCAUGAAAAAGAGAAAGCAAAGAAGGAAAAAACAGAGAAAAAAGAAAAGGUGGAUGAAUUUAAAGAUGCCAGCAAUAGAAAAGAUUCCACUCAGUAUGAAAAAGAAUUAUCUGUGGAUGGGGAGACUUUUGGCAUUUCCUACAGCGUGAAAGCAGAGGUCGAGGAAGAGCUGGAGAAAAACAUGGACUACUUGCUUUCAGAAAAGAAAGAUAAACCUGAUACGGAGAGAGAGCUCUCAAAGAAGGCAGAAAAGGAAAAGACUUACAGUUCUGGUGCCAUCAACACAGUCAAAGAGAAGAAGAAGAGAGAGAAACACAAGGAAAAAUGGAAGGAUGAAAAGGAAAAGCAUAGAGACAAACAUACAGAUGGAUUCUUUAAACAUCACAAAGAUGAGACCAAGUCUUUGGUUAAAGACAAGGAUAAGGACAGCCCUCAAGUUAUCACAUUCAAAGAGAAGUCAAAAGAGGAGAGCCUCAAAUUUAGUGACACCAAACUGAAGGAGAAACUCAAGGAAAACCAAGAGAGAGACAAAACAGAGUCUUUAAAGAUAAGUAAUGGAAAUGAUAAAAUAACAUUAUCCAGAGAUGGUACCAAGAAAGAUAACAGGCCUAGAGAGAAGCUGCUGGGUGACGGAGAUCUAAUGAUGACCAGCUUCGAGAGGAUGCUGAGCCAAAAAGACCUGGAAAUCGAGGAGCGCCACAAACGACACAAAGAGAGAAUGAAGCAAAUGGAGAAGAUGAGGCACAGAUCUGGAGACCCCAAAUUAAAAGAUAAAAUUAAAACCUCUGAAGAGAUGCGCAAAAGGAGUCUAGAUUUGACCACAAAGAAACCACUAACACUUGAUACUCAACUAAAGGACAAGAAGCUCAAAGAGCUAGGUCCACUGACUCCCAUAUUGUCACCAGAUAAUAAGCCGCAGCCCGCGAUGGGAACAGAUUCAAAAGACUGGAUAACUGGCCCUCAACUGAAAGAAAUUUUACCUGCCUCUCCCAGGCCAGAUCAGAACAGGCCAACAGGUGUUCCAGCUCCAGCUUCUGUAGUGUCUUGUCCAAGCUAUGAAGAAGUGAUGCAGACACCAAGAACUCCCUCAUGCAGCAAUGAAGAUUACCCUGACUUGAUGUUUGAUUGCGCUGACUCUCAGCAUGCGCUGCCCAUGACCACGAUGUCCAUGAAUGCAUGUUCUCCUUCUUUUUUUGACAGAUACGCUAAUGCUUCGAGUGGACUGCCAGACAAUCCAAGUCAGACUCCAACAAGGACGGUCCCCUCCACAAACCUUUAUCGCUCAAUCUCUGUUGAUAUAAGAAGAGUCCCUGAAGAAGAGUUCAGUGCUGGAGACAAGUUUUUCAGGCAGCAAAGUGUCCCAGCAACAUCCAAUUAUGAUUCUCCAGUGCAGCAUCUGUUGGAGGAAAAAACCCCUCUGCCUUCUGUUCCUGCAGAGAAGUUUCAGUGCAUGUCUCCAGGGUAUUACUCUCCUGACUAUGGAGUCCCAUCACCUAAAGUAGAAGCUUUGCAUUGUGCACCUGUCGGCAAUGUUGUCCAGUCACCGGAAAGCAUCUUUUCUGGCUUACAAGCAAAAUCCUCCCCAUCUCAUAGAGAUGAGCUGCUUGCACCUUCUGUAGAAAGUGCGCUCCCCCCUGACCUCGGCAUGCCGUUGGACUCCACAGAAGAGCAGCAAGCGACUGCUUCCAUUUUGCCCGCAGAAGCUUCAUUUUUACCCCCUAUAGAAGAAAAUCAUUUCAGUUCAGGUAUUUCAGAGCAGAGCAACAUGGACUGGGAGAACCCUCCUUCCAGGAACCCUGACCCUCCCAUGCCUCCUACCUUGAUUGGUAAUCCGACUGAGCAUCCCGCCAGCUGGUCAGUGGGAGCAGAACUUCUAAUGAAGUCUCCCCAGAGGUUUCCUGAAUCGCCUAAGCCAUUCUGCUCACUGGACCCAAUACAUCCCACACCAGUGCCCUUUAUUGCUACAGAUUCUCCAUACCCAGUUUCUCCUAUUUCAUAUCCAUUGUCUGUAUCUGAACCGGGGCUUGGUGAAAUAAAGGAAGAUGCUGAAGAAGCUGUUGCAGGGGAAAUGGCAACUGCAGAAGAGCAAGCUCCUUACAUGUCUCCUACAAGAUUAGAUACCUUCUUCAAUAAUUGCAAGCCUCUUCCAGAAGAAGCACAUGAGAUGCCUUCAGAACCCUCUUGCAUGCCAGCAGAAACUCAGGCAGAAGCUGUCAGUGCUCUGGAAAACAGUUACUUGGAAAACAAUAAUGUUGCACCUGUAAACCCAGAAGAGCGGGUGACAUGGCCUGAUCCAUUCACAAACUCAGAAGAUGACUUGGAUCUUGGUCCCUUCUCGUUGCCAGAAUUGCCACUACAAACUAAAGAUGUUCCAGAUGCUGAAAUGAGUGAAGUGGCCCCAAUAGAAGAAAGCUCAUUAAAUGUCCCAGAAGUCAUAAAUACCGGGGUCAUAAACAUGGGUGUGUCUGUCACAGCUUCCAGUGAGCAGGAAGAGCUGCCGCUGGUAGAAGCAGCAGCUACUACUGCUAGUAACUUACUAGCCGUGGAACCAGAGCCACAGCCUGAGGAGCAAAGAUCAGAAGCCAUUGCAUCAGAAGCUACAUCAGAAGUAUUGACUGUACCAGAAGAAAAAAGAUUAGAGGAGUCUGAGGCCCAGAAUUUUCAACAGACUGCAUCAAUACAGCUUACUGACCCAGAGAAAAGAGAGGCAGAAACAAACCCUGAAGGGUUGCCCGCAUCACACUGUGCAGCGGAGAGCGGAUCGCAAGCCAGCUUGCCACAAGCGAACAGUGCUGAGAGCGGGAUGGUGCAAGACACUGCUGCAGUGCGAAGUGGAAGCCAAGUCCCACCCACCCAGACGGAUGCAUCCCAAGGGACUACUCCAGCAGAAACCAUCGAGCCAGUACAAAAACCAGUAGCAGAAGUUUCCAAACAGCCCAAAAUAGAAGAGAUCCCACAACGAAUUACGAGGAACCGGGCUCAGAUGCUGGCCAAUCAAAAUAAACAGAACACCGCAUCCACUGAGAGAGAGUUUCCUCCUGUUUCUGCACCUUCGACGCGGGCAAAAGGGCGAGUGACGGAGGAAGACGAUUCUCAAGCCCAACAUCCGCGCAAACGCAGGUUCCAGCGUUCCAGCCAGCAGCUACAGCAGCAGAUUAACACGUCCACCCAGCAGACGAGAGAGAUGAUCCAGCAAACCCUGGCCGCUAUCGUAGAUGCUAUAAAACUGGAUGACAUUGAGCCCUACCACAGCGACCGAUCGAAUCCAUACUUCGAGUAUCUUCAGAUCAGAAAAAAGAUUGAAGAGAAGCGGAAAAUCCUCUGCUACAUUACUCCCCAAGCUCCCCAGUGCUACGCUGAGUAUGUCACCUACACGGGGUCCUAUCUGUUGGACGGCAAGCCUCUAAGCAAACUUCACAUUCCUGUGGCUCCAAUGAGCGACUGUCCAAUAAGUGGCGACCACCUGGCAGGAGCAAACAGGUAUUUCUCUGACCCGCUCCACUGCCGGAGUUUGCCAGUUCAGCUGCACCAAUAGCCCAACACUUCCAGUCAGGACACAUGGCUCCCGGCCCCGGGGGCCGGUUCUGGAUUUGACUAACAUGUUCCAUUUCAUGUCCUGCGGCGGUUGAAUGGAGAAGUACCACAGGCAGUGUAGCCCUGGUGCUGCCUUUUCUCCCCAGAGCAAGGCUGGAUUCUGUACAAGUGCAGACGGGAGGCUUUCCCGUGGUUAAAAUAAAAUAGUACCUGGGCCUUCCCGGAAACAGAACCCUCAGGGGACGUCCUUGGGAAAUCAGCCCACGUUCUUGCCAUUUGAAAGUUGCGGUUCUGGUAGGAAACGUGGCCGGAGAUGUGUGCCAGCCCCCUGCCUGUUCUGCUGAAGCCAGGCGUCUCUUCUCUGGCGCGUUCCACGAGGAACCUGAGAAGUGAGCCCUGGAACACCUGCCCGGCCCCCGUUGAAGCCAGUUGGGCUCAGCACAGAGUUCGUCUGCAUUCAUCGUAUUGCAGGACCAGGGCCUGAGCUGUUGCCCGUUCUAUCAGCUGUGAAAUCGGAAGCAUUGUAGGUGACUGGCAGAGCUGUUUGGCCCAAAGCACAGCAGCCACCCAGCUUUCUGCUCUGCACUGCGCUGUCUGAGCGUGUGAUUGUGCUCAGUGUGAACAGGAAAUUAUGGGAGGGUUGUAGUUUUACCUCCGCUCUACAUCGGUGGGGUCUCCUGCUUGCUGCAAGCCCCAAGCGGGGUUUGACUAAGGAGAUGCUGGCCGCCGUGAGUGGGGACUCAGCUGCUCCCCCCGCCCCUCCGUAAUGCUUUGCAGCUGCGUGUGUCUCAUGCUGUUCAUCAGAGGACCCAAAGUGCUUCAUGAAGUGUCCUCAGGAUGCCCCGAAAGGGUGGGCAGGUGAAAGCAUGUGGUGAUGGAAGCCCCACCCGCAAGCACUGUGCCCACCUCUGCGCACACAGCCUCUCUUGCCCUGCUCUGCAUUCCCCCGCGCUGCCUGGGCACAGCUAGCUGCAGGAGAUUGUCCUGCAUGGGAAGGCAGUACAGCCGUACAGUGGGUGACAUGUGCCAUCUCCCUGGCAACGGAAGGCUUUGGCAACCCGUCCUCGGCCUAAGGGCACUCACUACAUAGCUGCACCUGAACCUUGGGCCCCCGUAUAGCAGCUGAGAGCGCUGGCCCCAUUUCAGCAAGCCCAAAGCAACUUCAAGGGUAAGGAACAGCUCUGCCUUGUGCCACCAGUGGUAACCGUCUGUGC